ACAAACAAACAAAGGUGUCUGCUCAGUCAGGAGUGUAGGGGGAGGGGCUCUAAGUUGACCUAACGGGCUGUGAAUGGACAGCAGACGGCAGAGGGAAGUGACGUUUCAGGAAGUGAAAUGAGAAUAGAAGUGGAUGGUGAGCGAUGUAGCGGUGAGAUAAGACAUAAUAAGACAAACAAACAAAAAACAAACGGAAAAGGAGAACGACAAGCAGAGUGAAAGUAAACCUGUAAUGUGGAGGAAACGGACAGUGAGCGCAGUGUAACCGUGACAACGAGACACUGAGGACGGAUUUAAAGUGAUCAUAAAAUCGUCUCCAGACGGUCGUCGUUCGUAGGCAGGAUUAAUACACCUGUAAGCUGAUUUGUCAAACGCCAUCAAGCCCCGAAGAAGAACGGAGGAGGACAGCACUACUGUGGUAGAGGAGCGGUGUGUGUGCAGACAUGGCUGCUGUUGAUGAAGCGGACUGAACUUAGAGGAGAGACACAAACUGAAGUAUCCAUCCCCUCACGUCAGUGUGGAUCUGACACCAACGUCUGUAUCACUUCAUCGAUGCUUGUAUCGAUCCGUCCAGCCCGAGUUGAAGCAGCAAUGAGUUCAGUUCAGUAUCUGAGAGAGUUCAUCAAGGAGAGACUAACUGCUGUUUGUGAAGAAAUCUUCUCAGAGGUUCAAAAAACCAUCGUCCAGUAUGAGGAGGAGACCAACCGUCAGCACAGACUGCUGGAUAUCAGCCGGAAACCCGACAGAAACUCACACAUCAUAGACCUCCCACGACAACAUGACUGUGAGGAAGAGGAGGGUCUGGAUGAGCAGCAGGUCUUUAACCAGGAGAGGAACUCCAGUCUGGACCAGGAGGACCCAGAGCCUCCACAGAUUAAAGAGGAACAGGAGGAACCCUGCAGCAGUCAGGAGGGAGAGCAGCUUGGACUGAAGCAGGAGUCUGAAGGCAUUAUUGUCUGGACUGAUGAAGAGCAGCUCAGACAGAUGGAGACCAUCUGGAAACCUGAGAUAAAGCUAUACAGAAUAGAUGUUGUACAGCAGGAUGGUUUUGAGGAAGAAGAGGUUCUUACAGACCAGCAGGUCUGUAACCAGGAGAGGAACUCCAGUCUGGACCAGGAGGACCCAGAGCCUCCAAAGAUUAAAGAGGAACAGGAGGAGCUCUGCAGCAGUCAGGAGGGAGAGCAGCUUGGACUGAAGCAGGAGGCUGAUACUUUCAUGGUGACACCCGCUUAUGAGGAAAGUUCCCACAGUGAACCAGAACCAAAAAGUGAGCAGCUCCUUCCUCACAGCUCUUCUAGAGCAGGGAGCCGAGAUCACGAAGAAAGCCAGCAUGUGGACUCAGGAUCUUCUAGACGUACGGAGCUAAAGAACAGACAUCACAGAAAGAGAAGUCCAAGUAGAACGGACACAAAAAACAAGUCUGUUCAAUGUGAUGUAUGCGGAAAAACUUUACCUGAUAAAUACAGAAUGACUGUACAUCUAAGAGUUCACACAGCAUGUCUUUAUCCUGUCUUCCGCCCCUCCCUGAGCCUGGUUCUGCCAGAAGUUUCUUCCUGCUAAAAGGGAGUUCUUCCUUCAAUCAAAGCUCACAUGUUUUAUAUAACUAAAAUGUUUAAUUAUGUGGGUAACAGAAAAUAUUUAAGUUAUAGACUAUAUUUAUAUGAAAAGCAUGUAUACUUACUACAGUUGAAUCAUUUUAACCAUAUGUAACCAACUGCUUAUGUGUUUGAAAAAAAAAGGCUUUGAUUUUACCACCCUAAGAAAAUUUCUCUAGAUCCACCCCUGGACCCUGAGAGGAAAAUCCACCUCUUAAUCAUCCAGUGCGUAGAUGUCAUGACCACAGUCACUUCAAAUAAGUUAUCAAAUCUCCAGCAUACCCUGAGUUGAUUGUAUUCCUUUAAAACAUUCAGUUUUUCUCACAAACACUGGAUCAGAUUCAUGUGCGUGUCCGUGGGAGCACCAGCACUCCCUGUAGCAUCGACAGGCUGGAGGUUUCCAGUUCCAAACCUCCCGCCUGUUUUAUAGAGCGGCAACAACCCACAUCAGCUGUUUCAGGAUUUCCCUCAUCACAAAAGUGAAAUGUAGUUUUUAGGCAAGAGUGGAUUUGAAAUCAACCAGUCAAGAUGUGAUUGAAGUGCAGUCUUUUAGCCUUAAUUUAAGGCGUUUAACAAAAACACUGGAUUAACCACUGUUUUUAUACUUUUUCUUUUUUUAAGCCAAUUUUGUGAGGCUUAAAAAUACCUGAAUAGUUACUGAUAGUUUCAUGACCAGGUGAGGCCUGUUCUCUCAUUAUCCAAGGAGAAACUCGUCAGAUUACUGGAACUGUCAACAUGAAGUCUACAGAGGUAUCAGUGCCAGUGAAGGAGGGAUUAUGUUUAAAAUCAGCACUUUUAAAGUGUACAGAGGCAAGACUACAGUGUGUUUGUGUCUAAAUACUUAUGGCUCCUCACACACCUUGAGUGUGAGCUCAUCCUCGCUUUCUGCUGUGAUGUGAAACAGAACUUUGGCCAUUCCUUUAGCCACAGACUGCUGGCCUGUGAUUGGCUGAGCUGGAGAAGAGAAAAAAAAGAAAGGAAAAACAGCUACGGCCCACACCUCAGUCUGCACACACACCAUUUAAAAAAAAAUCAAUAACUGAGAGAGUCACUUACAUUUUAAAUGAAUGUUGACAGAAUUCUAGUAAAUAAGGGCAGAUGGCAAGAAGAGGAACUGGGAACGUGAUUUUGGGAUGACCUCAUUGGGUGCUAGCUGUGUCUCCCCUUCCACUAAUAUGAGGUGAAAAGGGGGAAGGAGGGCCAUGAAAAACUAGUCCCACUCCUUAACGUCAGAUAAUAUAUGUCCAACUAAUUAAAAUCAAAUAUAAAUAAAGUUGUGUAACAGAAAUGUAUCUAAUCUUAUGUUUGUAUACUGUUUUAUCAUCACAUCCUGUUACUUACCUGAGCUUGGUCCACCUUGGUUGGUCUCCUUGUUUUUUUGCAGGUCUCUGUAAUGUCUCAGCAUAGAUGAGGUGAUGUUGUUGAAUCCAAGCUCUUUUGAACACAACAGAAAUUAUAAGAAAGACGUUAGAACAUGUGAUCUGCUGUGUUGUUUAUUGGUAUUUCUGUAGUUAUUAUUACUAAUGAUUUAUUACUAUGUGGGUAUUGGGAGAAAUCAGAUCAAAAUCAAAACAGGGGAAAAUCUCUUCUUUCUUGCCGGUUCAAUCUCAAAAAGACCCUUGAAUAGUUUCAAAAGGUUGAUUCUGUUCCUUCAGACAUUUUCAGUGGGAGAAACAUUUCGUCACUCAUGCAAGUGACUUCUUUAGUCUCAGCUGACUGCAGGUUUCCCCAACCUUCACAAAAAUCUUCCUGGAUUACUCAACACACACUCUGAAGCCUCUAAAAGUGACGUGUGAUACCACUGAUGUCUGACUACUUGAUCAGACUACUUGUUCUUAUUGUUUAAAUGUGAAAAACUCUCAUGCAAGAAAUAAAGAACCUGAAAAGCC